UACUAUGCCUCUGAGUACAACUCUCUCGGCAGACAUCUUCGCUCCCCCUUCAUUUCCGCUCAGCAUUUCCAUGACGACGCAGCUCUGGGCCUGAGCACUUAGGUAAGAAGAGAGGAGAGGGUCUAACGAAUGGUAGAUUGGAAAGCAAAAUACGUUUGGUAGUUGUGCUGUAGCACGAUUGCAAGCUGGUUUCCAAGAAGCACAUUGCAAAACGAAACUGAGGCAGAUCCAUAGGCGAUAGUCCUCCCGGCAGAGAUGUCGAAAGUCCCGGUGUCAAAAUCUCCCUCCAGAUCCCGUUCUGGAUCAGGGUCCAGAUCCCCGUCGCGCUCCUUUUCCAGGUCCCGAACCAGAACCCGGUCGAGGUCCCGCUCCCGAAAGCACCGCUACAGUUCUAGGUCUCGCUCUCGCUCAAGGUCACACUCCCCGCCUCACAACAGGGAAAGGAACUACCCGAGGGAGUACCAGAACAACCGCGAGUUCCGGGGCUACAACAGAGGCUUCCGGAGACCCUACUACUAUCGCGGCCGAGGCCGAGGAUAUUAUCCCAGGGGCCGCUACCAGCGAGGAGGAGGUUAUGGCAAUUACAGACCCAACUGGCAGAACUACCGGCAGCAGCCACAGCAGCACCAUCAGCACAGUCCCAGGAGGGGGCGCUCCCGAUCCAGAUCUCCUAAGAGACGGUCCGGGACCCCGAGGUCGAGGAGCCGAUCCCGGUAUUCCGACCGCUCGUCCUCUGGUCGUUCCAGGAGAACCAGGGGCUCCUCCUCCUCCGACUCACGCUCCUCCUCCACUCACAGCCGCUCGGGAUCUUCGAAAAGGAAUGCCGCGAAGGAGCUGAAGGAGAGCGGGCGGCCCGACUCCGCGGCCAAAGAGGCGCAGAGGGCGGGCUCGAGGGACGAGGAGGCGGCGGGAGCAGCGGGCGGCGAGGGCGCCCCCGACAGGGCCUCGGGUAGCUGGCAGGGCUUGAUCGACUACGACACCAGCCCCAAGCGGACCAGUCCAGCGGUGCGCUCGGCCAUUAUUGUCAGCCAGGGCACGGCCCACCCCAGCCCCUCCCUGCAGUCUGUCGCCGUGAAGAGACCCAGCCCAGCCGUGAAGGGAGGCUCCCCGAGUCCCUCCAGGUCCAGUGCUGCAGCACAGAGCAAAUCUCUAGGUAACGCCCCCUGGCAGAGCAGCGGGCCCGCCCCAACGAGCAAGAGCCCGCCGCAGCAGAGCCCAACUGCAGUCUUUUCUGGCUUUGGGUUCUUUUCGAAGGACGAUGUCAGGGCAGGAGAAAAACCCUCUUCGGUUUCUACAGCCUUUAAAAAGUUCUUGGAGGAACACAAGAACAAAAUUCAGGUUGCGGAAUGGGAGAAUGGAAGAGAAAAAGAACAGAAAAUGGCCGAGCUUGAGAGGGACAAAGGGAAUGGUAAGGCUGGCUCCUUCGACAAGGGAGCUGCCUACAGUGGCCUCAAGCCUGACUACUAUAGCAAAAACGAAGAGGAGAAGUACGGCUAUGAUGAUGAGUUUGAGUUGGGCUCGGCUGCAGAGUUCCUGAAGGGGCCUCAGUUCGGUUCUGCAGAAGCAGGAGAAGACCAGGAAAAGAGACACAAAGUCCGGAACCAAAAGGAGCGAGAGAUGGAAGAUGAGCCAAAGCAUAAGAGCAAGAUUACCAUCACCGCCAACAGGGAUAUGUUUGACGAGCGGUUCAAUAAGUGGGACGAGCUGGCAUACUUCCCCUCGGCCAAGGAAAAACUCAGAAAGGAGGAAGACGCGGGCGAAGACGACAUCGACGAUGUCGAAGAAGAGCUGUACAGGAGCCGGAAGCAGGAGCGAGCUGCAGCUGCGGCGGCCGCAGCCAAGAAGGCCGAGGCCAGUGGCUACCGGGGGUUCUCGCCUGACAAAGCCCCCAAAGCCAGCAGGAAAAAGGAAAAGCAGGGACAGAGCCCCUCCCCUCCAGCCCGGAAGAGCUCGGAGAACAGAGAGAGGGAAAUGUUCAAUGUCAGGAGGGAUGAUUCCCCACCCAGGUCUACCCCAGCGUAUUCUGGGAAACGCAGUGCUGAAGUCAGUGUUAGAAUGGAUCCCUUCCAUGAGGACUAUGCAAGCUCCUCCGGGGUUUUGGCAAACGAACGCCGGUUCUCUCGGGAUCUUGUGCAUCCAAGCAAAAAAGACCAAGAGUUUCGCUCCAUCUUUCAGCACAUUCAGUCAACCCAGUUAAGAAGAAGCCCCUCUGAGCUUUUUGCUCAGCACAUUGUCACCAUAGUUCACCAUAUCAAAGCACAACAUUUCGAGUCCUCAGGGAUGACAUUAAAUGAACGUUUCGCCAUGUACCAAAGAAGAGCAGCUGAAAUGAUGAAGCCAAGAAAGAGCCCAGAAAUUCAUAGGAGAAUUGAUGUUUCUCCCAGUGCUUUUAGGAAACACUCUCAUCUUUUUGAGGAAAUGAAAAGCUCCAGGGAAAGCAGUUCCAAGGAUGAAGGUAAAAAAAUGAAGACUGACUCAAUGGAUCUCCGUCUUGAUAUUGAGCGUCGCAAAAAAUACUCCAGUAAGGAGCGAGAGCACAAACGAGAUGGGAUGAGAGAUUCUGGAGAAUCCAGGGGAUCAAGUUUAAGCAGGGAGAGAUCCACUGAAAAAUCAUCAAAGCAUCAUAAGAAGACAAAGAAACGCAAGAAGACCCGUGAGAGAUCCAGGUCCUCCUCGGAGUCCUCCUCGUCCUCCCAUUCCUUCAAAGGAGGAGACUAUCCUGAAGGCCCCGAGCAGAAGGAGGAGGGUUUCAACAAGGCGCGCUUGGGAGUGCGCGAUUACGGCGGCCCCAUGGAGCGAGGCAGAGGGAGAGGAGGCUUUCAGUUCAGAAUAAGAGGCAGGGGGUGGAACAGGGGUAAUUAUCCAGGAAACAAUAGCAAUGGUAACCCCUCCAACCCUGGCAAUCCAGUGCGUUCCAAGGAAGAGGAAUGGGAUCCAGAGUACACACCCAAGAGCAAAAAAUAUUACUUGCAUGACGACAGAGAAGGUGAGGGAGAGAAGAAGUGGGUGGACAAUCGCGGAAGAGGCCGCGGCACCUUCCAGCGAGGCCGAGGCCGGUUCAUGUUCAGGAAGACCAGCAGCAGUCCCAAGUGGACUCAUGACAAGUUCCAGGGCAGCGGUGAGGAAGGGGAGCUGCCCGAUGACAGCGACGCGGAGAAUAAGGAGGAAGACAAAUCGGGAGGCACAGCUGCCACAGAGCAGUAGGUUUCAGGUCAGCAGCUGACUGGAGCCAUGAAGGUACCACGUACCAUACCGGCUCGCAACCCUAACAACAGCAUAACGUACCAUCACAUGAUGUGACCUCUGCACAGAGAACCAAAUUACUAAAGAGAGGUUAUUAAUGACAAGACGAAGCCAUUACGCCUAUCUUGUAUAUUGCAAAAAAAAAUGACUUCAAAUUGCUUUCAAAGACUGAUAGGAUGGGUUCAGAAAAGUAAAAAGAAAUCUAUUGGAAUUCAUUAAUACAAAAAGAUGAUUCAUUUUUUGAGAAUAAAGCAGUUUCGGUAUUCAAGAGGUUUAAGCAGUUGUGCAUGAUUUCACUUGUUUGGAAUGUUUCUUAAACUUUUUAUGCAACAUUAUUUUAAUUGAUUUUUUUGCUUUAUGCAGUAGCACUGGGGCAAUAUAAAAUUGAUUAUUUUUUUUAAUUCAAAAGACCAUAAAAAGACUGUACAUUUACUAUAUACACAACCUGUAUAUAGUAUAUGAUGACUGUUUGAUAUAGUCAAACAACACAUCACAUAGAUUUUUGGGUUUAAGGACUUUUUUUAAUGUUUAAUAAUAUCCCCAUAAAAUAAUUACUUAAAACCAGUGCAGAAGUUCCAAAAAACAAAUUAAAAAUUAGUUGGGAAAAAUUAUUCCUCCCCCUCCUUGUUUUUUCUUUGAUGGCUUGAUGGGGGUUGGGGUGGGGGGGGAAGUGUUUUUUGUGCCUUAGAUGUGUACAUAUCUACAUAAAUAUAAAAAUGGCAGUAAUCUUUUACGGAAUUUGUUAUGGUGUGCUCAGCUGGCAGGAUAACAAAACUACUUCCUUGUGGUGGCUUUGGGCAGAUCUAAGGACCGGUAUUAAAUUCUCUGUAUAGACCCUUCUUGGACGUGGGACCAAUCUGUCGUGGGUUAAAGUGCAUUUCAGAAAGACUGACAAGGUUUCUUUUAAAUCUUGUUUUGUGUGAAGUGUUUGCUGUCCAUCGGAAGUGAAGACCUCUUAAAAAUUCUGCAAAUAUAAUGUAAUCCAAUUAAUCGGAAUUGCUUUUCAGGUUAGACACCAUUAAAUAUUUGAAGUUCGAGCCUCAGAUGAAGUUUUUUUUUAGAAAAUUUUACACAUUUAGCGUUUAUGUUGGCAAGGGGGUUAAUAUAAAAUUUUUCAUAAGACAAAUGUCGGCUUUUUGCGUGAAAAUCUAGAUGCUCUUGUAAUUGUAUUAUGUGGGUAUUUUUCUAUCAAUGUAUUGAACCAAUAGUGCUUCUGCUUUCUUCUGUAUUUUUUUUUAAUUAACAGUGUGUAUUGCAGCAAAGUGCAACUCGGUCUUCCUACAAAUAUGUAUUUGUUUUUUGCUAUUCAAAAGGAGAACAUUCUAUGUAAAAAGGCCGUGUUAAUGGCCUUUUCCCAUUGAAAAGGCAGUAGUGAUUGAAAUCAGUAAGUUUAAAUACAGUUGUGUAAAAAUGUAAUUGCAUUUUUGUCAACAGACUUUUAUCAGUUGCACUGUAUUCCAGUUUUGUAGGUUUUGUUCUGGACUGCACUGUGUUUUAAUGUACAGGAUAUUCUGUAUGACUAUGAUUAACAUUAGUAAUUUUUUUUAAACACUCGUUUUUUUUUAAUGCACCUGUAGCGCGUAAAUGUUUUUGCCAGAUUGUCAAUUAAAUUUAAUUUCUGGUUGA